GUCCACAUGGCUGAAGGUAAAGCACACAACAGUGAGCUUUGAACAAAAAUAUGCUGGAUUUCCCCCCUGGGUGUGGAAGACUGGAAGGAGAGAGUAGGAGGAUGUGAAAACAGAGAUGAGACACUGAGGGCUUGGAGUGGGCACUGGUGAGGACACUGUAAUUAAAAGGCUCAGCCAUCAUGGCCGGCAUCCCUGACGGAGAAGAUCACACCUGCGCUUACGUGGACUGUCAGAUGAAACGCUAUUACCUGCCUGUCUCCUAUGCCGUCAUCUUCAUCGUGGGCCUGGUGGGCAACGUAACCUCCAUUGGAAUUUACCUGACAAAGCUGCGUCCCUGGAAGAGCAGCAGCAUCAUCAUGGUCAACAUUGCUUUGACCGACCUCCUCUACGUUCUCAGCAUGCCCUUCCUGGUCUACUACUACAGCCAUGGGGAAUCGUGGACACUCGGUGACUUCAUGUGCCGUUUUGUGCGGUUUGGGUUUCAUUUGAACCUGUAUGGGAGCAUACUCUUCCUGACGUGUCUCGCAGUUUUCCGCUUCGUGGUGGUAAUCAAGCCUUUGAGGGCUGCACAAGUGCAACAGAAGUUUUGGGGUAUAAUUGCGUGCUCGGCCGUCUGGAUCGUCGUCGCUGCAGAAAUCGCACCCAUGAUGAAGAUGAUAUCCUUGAAGGAGCAAGACAAGAAGACCUACUGCUUGGACUUUGCUAGCACCAUAUCCAACGAUGACGUUUGGUAUGGCUGGCUGCUCACUGCACUCGGAUUUCUACUCCCUCUAGUGGUGGUAUUCAUGUGUUACAUCGGUAUAGUGAAGCAGUUGGCAAAAGGGCCCAACACAACCAGUCCAUGUCGGAUGCGAGCACGGCGCGUGACCGUGCUGAUCCUGGUGGUGUUUGUGGUGUGUUUCCUGCCAUAUCACAUCUUGCGUGUGUUGCGGAUAGAAACUCGAACUCAGCCGCCAGAGACACCGUGCAUGGUGGAGCGCAUCGUGCAUGCAGCAUAUAUUAUCUCCAGGCCUCUGGCUGGACUCAACACAUUUUUUAACCUGGCUCUCUACACUCUUUCAGGUGAUAAGUUCAGGAGGGCCUUCCUCAGCACUUUUUACUGGGAAUGCUGGCUGACCAAGGCCAGGUCAAUGCUCCGUCUGGCCAUCAUCAGCAAGGCAGGCGGUGACAUGCCUGCUGCCUGACUGACCCCUGUCCAACACCUGACUUUUCGUGCUUUUAUCUCUCUUUGACUCACACUUUGACAUACUGUAAGCUUACUCACUCAGACAUGAUGUCGAGAAAGCUGUAUGACAGCUGUGGUUUCUUCAUUGUAUUCCUCCCAGAGACAAUACGUAGUUUUGGUUUGUGCUGGGCAUAAACUUUGUGCCAACCACUGGAAUGUAAUUACAAACAUCUAAAGGUUAAAGCUAGAAGAUUUGCAUGUUAAGUUAGACCUUUGUCCACACUUCUUUCUCUGGCUGGAAUCACAUGAGUAUACUUUACCUGACUAAGAAUAAAAUGGAUUCUUUUGUUGGCAGCCACGAAAACAGCCUUAGUUAUAGAAUGUUUGACAACUGGUUCAGGCUGCUUAUUGGUGAAAUUAGUUUUUGAUUGACAGGGUAUUAUAAGCCUCUGAUUGGCCAAAUUAAAAAAUGUCUGUGUCUUUAAUAAAAACAGUUUUACAAUAUGCUGUAUAUUACACCUGUGAGUAUCUUAACCUUAAAUUUUUUUUAGCAUGAAACUACGAUGUUUUUGUUAGUGCACUUCUACUACACUACACUUUAUUUACUACAUCAUUCACAAGCUAAAAUUUAAUUGGUGGAGACCGGACUUGUUGGUGGAGAAUUGUAGCUAGCUCUUUUUAGUCUAGCAUUAGCUUCAAAUUAUUUUGUCUGGUUCAGAAAGCAUAAAAGUGUCACCUUGUUAAACAUCAGAUUGUUACCUAUCAUAACUCUGUAUUUGUGUUGAGUUUAUAAUGCAAUAGUGAAUUUUUUUGAACUUUUGGUGUUUUUUAUUGACACGGAAGACUUACUAACAGACCAUAUGGGCCUACCCAACCAGAAGAGCCUGGGAUCAUUUACUGGUAACUUGUUUCUUAAAGAGGUUACUUUUUCUGAAUUUAUAAUCAUUUGACACUUUUUAGUUUGUUUUGCAUUUCCUUAGUCCACAAUACUUCACAAAAAUUUUAAAAAUAACUGCAAAAAGAGACUAUCAAUCAUCAUGCUUUGCUGCAUUUGUCUCCCUAACAGUGUGAUAAAAUGAUUUUACAGCCCAAAAACACCUCCUGCUACAGCUGAUCUGUGAAAGAUGCUAAG